UCACGAACGUGACAUCAGCUGUGCGCAAUCAUGGACGCGUUGAGCGAAGAAGAUUUUGUAAUACCUACUCCUAAAUAUGAAUAUUUAGACCACACAGCAGACGUGCAAUUACACGCAUGGGGUGAAACCAUGCAAGAGGCUUUCGAGCAAUGUGCGAUGGCCAUGUUUGGGUACAUGACGGAUUUAGAGUGGGUUGAAAUGACACAGGUACACCACAUAGAAGCAGAAGGACACGACAUGGAAAGUCUUCUUUUCCAUUUCCUCGAUGAAUUAUUGUUUAUGUUUAGUGCCGAGCCGUUUCUCGUUGCAAAGAAAGUGAAGAUCACUAAAUUCGACGUCGAAAAUUUCAAGAUCACCGCGAUAGCGAUAGGAGAAGAAUUCAUGAUCCGCAAACAUACGCAAAACGCAGAGGUGAAAGCGAUCACGUAUUCGGCCAUGCAGAUUGUCGAUCGUCCAGAGAUGCAUCGUCCCGAAGUUUUCGUGAUCGUAGACAUAUAAACAUUUUGGGCCCGUUUCAGCGUCCCGUUUGAUUCUUGGACCGUCCAUGGAGCUUGCCUUGGGUUAAUACUUGAAACACAAAAGUGGGGAUGAUCACAUGGAUGUAGGAGCAAGAAGGGCGGGUAUAUACCUCCCUUACAUCCUACGUAGGGUACGAUCCUUUUGUAGUUGCGUAGGGUUCAAAUAAAUACGUUACGAAGAAAACACCGGGAUCCCUUCUUGGCGACCUACAUCAGGUACGUAUGAACGUAUCAGGGAACCCUGCAACUUGUCGCGAAUACAGCUCAAGAAUGACUUCGUGGCA